AACACGUAAUUAGACACCAGUGAUCAGACAGACAUUGGAAUUUGGAAUUUGUAAUAUAUUUAUACUUAACGUUGAUUGUAGGUAUCUGUGUCCCGUGAUAGCUAUAUAUAUGUAUAUACUAUAUAAAUUACUACAUUGCUUUUUAUUGUAGUUGAAAUGACGCGUUUUUGUUGUGAGUAAAUGAUAAAAUUAUAUCGAUUAUCAAUAAAUAAUAGGUAUGUCAUUAUUUUGAAUCUACAAAAAUUGCCAACGUAACAUCCAAAUGGGUAACGAAGACACUUACAAUAAUAAUUACACAAACUAUGACUGCGCAAAGGAUUACGGAACUAAUAUUAAAAAAACCGAUGAUGGUUACAAUGGAUCUCAAGUAAAAGCAACACAAAUGGAGGAAAUUUUAAAUCAAUUAUUCUCGAAAGAAUUCGAAAUGCCAAUUUCCAAAAAAUGGAAAUUACCAGAACUAGAGUCGGUGUUGGCUUACAGUAAAUGGGAGUUACCAGAUUUUUUAUGCCUAAAAAAAUCAUUAAACAUAGUCAAAGAUAAACUGGAUAAUUUUAAUUUGGCUCAUUGGCAUCAAAACACAAAACAAACAAAUCCUUCUGGGAAAGUUUUAUCAAGAGUUAAAGGAGUUGCACAUCCUGAACUAUUGACUACAGCAUGGCUGAAAUUUUACGAGUUACUAAACGAAAUACAAGUUAUACCACAAAAAGCUAUUGACGAUAAACAGUUGUUCUCCAUUCACUUGUGUGAAGCUCCAGGUGGAUUCAUUUGUGCUCUCAACCAUUUAAUUGCUAGUAAAGGUUUGGGCAUCAAAUGGGAUUGGUUAGGAAUGUCCUUAAACCCUUAUCACGAAGGAAAUGGUAAUCCCGAUAUGAUAAAUGAUGACAGAUUCAUGUUGUUCACCAGAGACCAUUGGUUUUACGGAAGUGAUUAUACGGGUGAUAUUUUUCAAAAAGACUUUUACAAGGAUUUGUACAAAACUGUAAAAAAUCGAUUUGGCCAGCAAGCGAGUUUGGUUACAGGUGACGGUAGUAUGGACUGCCAAAAUAAUCCUGAUGAACAAGAAAAUGUAGUUAUGCGACUGCAGUUGGUAGAAACAAUGGUCGCGUUAAUGGUGUUAGAAACUGGUGGAUCAUUUGUGUUAAAAAUGUUUACCAUGUUUGAAUGUAACACACUAUGCCGAAUGUACUUACUUUGUUGUGCUUUUGAAUCUGUUAAAGUAAGAAAACCUGUCACCAGUAGACAAGGAAAUUCGGAAGUUUACGUUAUCUGUCAAGGUUAUAAAGGACUAGAAUACACGGAACCUUGGAUUCAAAGAUUUUUUACUUGCACCGAUCAUACCCAAUACAGCCUGUUUCCUUUAAAAGAGUUGCCAAAAGAGUUUCUCUCUAGUAUGUACAACUGUUCGCAAUAUUUCAGUAAAUUACAAAUGCAAGUUAUAGAGCGCAAUAUACAGCGUUUUUUACACGGAGGUGAUGGUAUUGAAAAUGAUACAAAGUUUUUGAUGGAUUUACAAUACCAGGUUUCUAAAAUGUACAUCGCUAAAUUUAAAAUAAAGCCAAUAGAUCCAUCGUUGGAAAUAGUGGGAGAAAAAAAACUUCAAAGUAUACUGUAUGAGUUGCCUAAAGUUACAUUGGUGCGAAAGAAUUUAGAUUAUUCAUUUUCUGAAAAGCAACGAAGAAUUGAGUAUCAAGCAAUAGACGAAGCAAAGUUGCUUCAAGCGGAAGUAAAUGACUUUCACCAAGUGAAGUGGGAAAAUGACAAUAUUAUAUUAUGGCACUCUGCAGAGGAUUUAAAAAUUGAUAUAUCAGAUAAAUGUAUUCAAAUGGGUAAACCUGUGUCUGUAGUGCGCGGCUCAAAAUUCUGUGUGGAUAUAUUAAUUGACUACAGUAACCGAGCAAGAUCGCUGUUUACAAUCCCGACAGAAGACAAUACUAAGCGUAGAAACUAUUUCUGGCUUCAAGUUCCUAAGAAUACGAUUGAAGCUCGUUUAAUAGUUUGCGACUUAACUUCAAUCAAUAUUAGCGACUGCAUAAACAAUAACAGAAAACAACUCGAGUCGCUAACGUCUAUAUUAGAAAUUUUAGAGCUACUCGAGACUUCUGACAGUUUACUCCUUAUAGGUUAUCCGCUGCUUACUCAAGUUAAUGUCGGGGUUUUUUACUCGCUGAUCAAAAUAUUUGCAAAGGUUGGUAUGAUAAAACCAAAUGAAAUGGGUCACGCUCUUAUAUUUUGUUCAAAAAAAACUAACCAAUAUGCAUGCGAUUGGUUGGCACUAUUGAAGGAAAUUAAAGACCAUAUAAAAGAUCCUACUAUAGCUGAUGUUGUCGAAAAACAAGGAAAAUCAUUGAUAUCAUGUUUCACUAUUGAUAAACUCAUAUUUCAACCUAUUUAUAAAGACAUAGUAGCAGUAAAUUGUUUAUAUAUUGUUAAUGAGGUAAAGAAAACAGUGUCUUCCUAUUUAAACCAGUAGAACGAUAACUAUGUGAAAUUGUAUUCAGUAUUUUUUAUAUCAAGUAUUAUUUUGGUUGACUAUUUUUAAGUAUUUAAUGUAUAAAAAAACAUUGAUUCUAAGUAUUUAUCUAUAUUGUUAUCAAUUGAUGUUAUAAAUUAGUAAUCAAAAUGUGUAUAUUGAUAGAGACUAGGGUUUUUUAAUUUUUGUUAAAUAAGAUAUCAAAAAUUUGAUUUAUAGAAAAAGAACUUUUUUAAAUUGUAUAUUUAUAUUCCUAUGUAUCCUUAUAUAUAUUAAUCCAACAUCUGACUUAUUAAGACAAUCUUUAUUCAUUAUUUCGAGACUGAUACAACUACUGUUGAAUUUUUAAAGUUACUAAUUUUGUUAUAUUUCUUAAUUUAUGUAUAAUAAAUAAAAUAAAAUUGUUAUGUUUAUGUAUUGCGAAAAGAGGUCAAAAGUAAAACAAACCAAAGCAAAGUAAGGUGCAUUCCAUUUUUUUUUUUUUUAUUGUUUUUGUUUUUUGUAUGUUUAUGUAAAUGUUUUUUGAUGAAAUUUAUCAG